CGAGCCGAGCGUGUCCCCAGGGCGCACGGGGUGCACGGGGCGCGGGGCGCGGGGCGCGGGGCUGCCCUUCCCGACGCGCCCCCACGACCAUGGCCGGGCGCGCGCUGCUGCUCGGCGGCCUCCUUCUGCCGGGGGUCCUGCUUUCCGAGGCCGCCAGGAUCCUGACCGUGUCUUUGGUGGGUGGAAGCCAUCAUCUACUGAUGGACCAGGUGUCUCAGAUUCUUCAAGAUCAUCAUCAUAAUGUCAUCAUGCUUCACCAGAAAGGAAAUUCAUUGAUAACAGAUUUUACAGAGAAGGAAACAUCAUACCAAGUUAUUCCUUGGUUUCCACCUGAAGAUUACAACAAAAGAUUGAAGGAGUAUGUAGAUUAUUUUAUAGAAGAAGCUUUGAAUGGCAGACACACAUUUGGAAAAUUUUUAGACUUUAUGAAACUACUGGGGCUUCAGUGCAGUCAUUUUUUAAGGAGAAAGGAUAUCAUGGACAUCUUAAAGAAUGAGAACUUUGAUCUAGUGAUAAUUGAGAAUUUUGACUACUGUUCUUUCCUGGUUGCUGAGAAGCUUGGAAAACCAUUUGUGUCCAUUCUCUCUUCCUCGUUUGGUACUAUAGAUUUUGGACUACCAUGCCCCCUGUCUUAUGUCCCAGUAUUCCAUUCCCUUCUAACUGACCACAUGGACUUCUGGGGCCGAGUGAAGAAUUUUCUGAUGUUCUUCAAUUUCUCCAGAAAACAAUGGCAAAUCCAGUCUUCUUAUGACAACGCCAUCAAGGAACAUUUCCCAGAAGGCUCUAGGCCAGUGUUGUCUAAUCUUCUAAAGAAAGCAGAACUAUGGUUUGUUAACUCUGACUUUGCAUUUGAUUUUGCUCGCCCCCUGCUUCCCAACACUGUGUAUGUUGGAGGCUUAAUGGCCAGACCUGUUAAACCAGUGCCACAAGAAUUUGAGAAUUUCAUCGCCAAAUUUGGAGACUCUGGUUUUGUUCUUGUAGCCCUGGGCUCCAUGGUGAGCACCGUUCAAACUCAGGAACUUCUCAGAGAGAUGAAUGGUGCCUUUGCUAAUCUCUCGCAAGGGGUUAUAUGGAAGUGUAAUCCUUAUUGGCCCAAAGAGAUCAAAUUGGCAGCAAAUGUGAAAAUUGUGAACUGGCUUCCUCAGAAUGACCUCCUGGCUCACCCACACAUCCGUCUUUUUGUCACCCAUGGUGGGAUGAAUAGCAUAAUGGAGGCCAUCCAACAUGGUGUGCCCAUGGUGGGGAUUCCCCUAUUUGGAGACCAGCCUGAAAACCUUGUCCGAGUAGAGGCCAAAAAGUUUGGUGUCUCUAUCCAGCUACAGCAGAUCAAGGCAGAGACAUUGGCUCUGAAGAUGAAGCAAGUUAUAGAAGACAAGAGGUACAAGUCAGCAGCCGUGGCUGCCAGCAUCAUCAGGAGCUCUCACCCCCUGACCCCUACCCAGAGGCUGGUGGGCUGGAUCGAUCACAUCCUCCAGACAGGGGGUGCAGCUCACCUCAAGCCCUAUGCCUUGCAGCAGCCAUGGCAUGAGCAGUACCUGCUGGACGUCAUCUUGUUCGUGCUGGUGGUCACCCUGGGCACCCUGUGGCUCUGUGGGAAGCUGCUGGGCAUGGUGGCCAGGUGGCUGUGUGGGACCAGGAAGCAGAAGAAGGCCUGAUGGAGGUUCAGCCUUGACAGGUGUUUGGGGAGCCACUGGUUGUAUAUGGUUUUCCCCAGCUCAGGACACCCGUUUUCUUCUCUGUAUUGGUACUUGAGGGUGGCACUCAAAUUGCUCUUCACUAUUUUCUGUCUCUGUUUAGAAAUUUUUGUGAAGCACUCUUGGUGGUCUUUUUAAAAAAAUAUACAUUACAUGAAAUUGACUAUUUUAGCUACUAAGUAUAGAGUUUAGCAGCACUAAGUACAUUCAUAUUGUGGUGUAAACAUUACUGAUAUCCAUCUCUGGAACUUUUCAUCUUUCCAAACUAAAACUGCACUGAUUACCACCCCACACCCCCACUUCUGACUCUUGGCAAAUCCCUGUCCUAUUUUCUGUGUCUAUGAAUUCGAUCUCAGGGUUCUUACCCCUUAUCAAUGGACUCCUCUUGCAGACCCAAACCUUCAGCAAGAUAGCCCCACCUUCCUCCCCACUCCCUAUUCCUAGACAUAACCCCUGCUUAGUUCAUUCUGUUGUUCCCUGAAAGGGAGAUAUAUGUACAACUACCUUCAAAGGCCAAAGAAGCCAUGAGACUGAAGAAAAAGGCAAACAGGUCCAGCUUGAUGAGAAAUGAUUUAUUAUGAAUAUUUAUUACAUAAACAUAAGACUGUCUUGGGCUGCCACAAGAUUAGUAGGUCUCCACAAUACCACCUCCAGCUAGACCUGCUUUAAAGGCUGGGGAGUAUAUACUGGGGGGCUGUCUAGAAGGAGUCAUAUCCUGAACUGAUCAAGGAAGCUUUGCCUGGAGGGUGUACUUAAGGGUGAGUUAAAAGAAAAAAAUGGAGGAAAGGGCUGUACUUAAGAAGGUUUUAGGCCACAGAGUAGUUAUAGUGAUGGAAUUUCUCAAGAUGGCCAUAGUCUGGUUCAUAUACUCACUAUCUCAGAAACUUUUCAGUCUCUCUCUCUUUCUUUCUGCUUUUUUUUUUUUUUUCACUUUUCAUGAUAUGACAUGAGAUAUUGGCCAGCUCUUCCAUUUUGGCCUUUGCUCUUACAUCUCCCUUUCACCUCACCUCCAAGCUCAGGAAGCUUAGUCUCUGUCCUGCAGCUUGGCAUGUGUGGCCCCCAAGGAUUCCACCUGUGGUCUCUGUCCUGAGUCCCUCCUCUGAAGUGCUCCUCCUUUGAUGCUCAGGCCUGGAGUCUGCCUUUGGGCCACAGCUCAUGCUGUGGUUUUCACUUCCCAUGAUUCCCUUCUCAAGAUUCUCACUCUUAAAAAUGUAGUCAUGGAGACCUCAAAUACACAACUUGGACCUCCGUGUGAGUGAGGCUGUGGGGCCUCAGGUCCACGAUUUGACUUAAAAAAAUCAUUAAUUUGCCACUAUGACAGUAAUACUUGAAUCAGG